AUUCUUAUCUGUAUAAAGCAGAGCAGAUUUGGUGUAAAUAUACCAAAGUCUGUAGGCAAAAUCAGCAUUUUAAAGCUACUAAAGAAUUUGGCAUAGGAGUUUUGAUUGAUCAUGGAAGUGUUUUAUGGCGUGUCUCUCCUUGUAUUUCUUACCUUAACCUCCUUAUUACAAGGAACUGUUGCAAUACAAUGUUAUUCUUGUGACAAUUUUGAUACCAGCGAAGAUUGUAUGAACAUAACUGACUGCGGUAAUAAUGAGGUGUGUUAUGCUCGUGCUGACGGUACUUCAACUGGAAAUGUGAAGUACACAGUGGGAUGUACACGCGAUAUGUCUGCCCAAAGAGAAGAUCCGACAUUUUGUGCAAAUGUAUGCAUGGACAACUUGUGUAACUUAGACCAUUGUAACAUUCCAAGUGCGUAG